AUGCCAAUGCCCUUCGUGACCGAGACAGUCGGCGGAGGAUGGCAUACAUCCGAUAUCUUCUCCCGCCUCCUCAAAGAACGCAUCAUCUGCCUCAACGGCGAAGUCGAAGAGACCACCUCCGCCUCCAUCGUCGCCCAACUCCUCUUCCUCGAAGCCGAGAAUCCCCAGAAACCCAUCUCCCUCUACAUCAACUCUCCAGGCGGGUCCGUGACCGCUGGUCUCGCAAUCUACGACACAAUGCAAUAUAUUGCCGCUCCAGUAACCACAAUAUGUCUUGGACAAGCAGCAUCCAUGGGAUCGCUCCUCCUCUGCGGCGGGGCACCCGGACAGCGAUUCUGCCUUCCACACUCGAGAAUCAUGGUGCAUCAAGUCAGCGGCGGGUAUCAUGGCCAGGCAUCGGACAUCGCGAUUCAUGCAAAGGAGAUUUUGAGGGUGAGGGAGCAGUUGAAUCGGAUUUAUCAAAGGCAUUUACCGGUCAAGAAGGAGUUGGAGGAGAUUGAAAAGGUGAUGGAGAGGGACUUUUUCAUGAGUGCGGACGAGGCGAGGGAGUGGGGCAUUGUGGAUAAGGUGUUGGACCGGAGGCCAGGUGCGGAGGGUGGUGAGGAGGAGGGGAAGUGA